UUCCCUCCCUCCCUCUCACCCCAGCUGCUGCCUGCUAUGCCCCAGCAGCUAUUGGAGCUCAGCCAUCCAGAAGUAGCAGAGCGCUAGCUGUUCGUCGAUAAGAACUCCAUCCCGCUCCCCACACGCCACAUAUAUCAGUCUUUGCUGUUGCCUCCCGAUCUGCUGUACUUCCGGCAUCGCAGGCCAAGGAUUGCCACCGAUCCAUCGUUUCUUUUCCUCAAGCAUCAGAAGAACUCCAUCUAUUUUUUUUGCCGAGAUUGGUGCUGCUGCUUGGAGCAGAGGCCAGCUUUGUGGCAGAUUUGUAGAACUUUAGCUGGAUUAUCUUAGCACAAGGUGUCUCUGUAAAACACUCCAUUUUCAGUAAGCGAACUGAUACUGAUAAAUAGAAGCAGCCGCUUACCCAAACCAAUAGAUAGUUCUUGCUGCUGCUGCUGCUGAGUUGAACCGAUCAAUGGGUAGAGGAAGAGGCAGAGGCAGAGGACGGGCGGCGACCAUUGCCAGGAGCCAUGAAGACAAAGGAAGCAGUGGUGAAGAGGUGGUGCCCGCAAGAAAGAGGAGAGGGAGGCCGCAGAAGUACUUCGCCGAUAAAAUCGAACAGGUUGAUGUUGAGAAUUUCGUAGAAGACGUCGAUGGGGGCGAUGAAGAUGGCAAAGAUGUUAAACUGAAGGCAAGUGCUGGUGUGAAGAGAGGCAGGCCACUGAAGGAGAGCCCCAACAUGGCCCUAGAAGAGAAUAGCAAUUCCAGCGUUCGAUCAAGCAGCGAUGAAUCGGCUAGGACCAAUGGGUUCAGGCAGAUUGGGAACCGGAGGAAGAGCACGCCCCGGCGAGCAGCGGAAGCAGGGGUAGAAUGCAAGUGAGCACCGAGCAGUGCCAUGCCAUGCCAUUCGAUACAAUUUUCGGUACCAGGUAGCCUUCAUAAUUUGUUUCAAAUGUAAACAGAGCAUGCACUGAGUGCUGAAAUUCGUGUGUUUAUGUGGACGCAAAAUGUAUGAACGGAUGAUAGAACACCUACGGAAUCUUAUUCGGCUCUUGUAGGCUGAUUACUACAACGUACUACUAGUA